CAGUUUCCAUCGCUUGGCUUGUUUCACCGUUAAAAGCUGUUGUUGGAUUUUAUCGAGAUCUUUGGUCCUUARUGUUCUUUCUUUGACUCAAAAAUCAAUGUUUGUCACUCAAACUACAUCACUGAAUAUUGUAAGAGUCAUUAUUCUUGUUUUUUUUUAUAAAAGCGAAGAAAAUCCAAAGUUGCGAUGAACAACAUGGCGGACACGGAAUAUGUUGACGACGAAGUAAUUUCAAUUUUAAUGUGAAAAGGCUUAAAAUUGUAUUUACACUCUUCAAUUUAACCGAAAAACGUUUGAAAAGAYUUAAAAUGUGCUCACAAGCAAAAGGGCGUCCAUCCAACCACUCAGCCGAGCGUCGGAUGAUUGUCAUGGGCACCCGUCGAGUACUUUAAAAACAAAAUGUUCAAUGGAAAGGAUUCCAGAGAYCUAAAUGAGCAAAUAGAGAGACUUGUCCAAGAGAAUAAGGCCCUUGCUUUAAGAGUUCAAGGAGUUGAAGUUUUAGGAAAAGUUCUGCAAGACUCUCAAGAUGAAAAUUCAAAACUUCGUCAAGACGUCACAGAUCUCAAGAGAGAACUAUCCCAAUCAGGUGUUGAUGUUUCACAGAUGUCACUCAGAACAACACCAAGUCUUCAAGACACCAGGUGCUUUUUGUCCCAGAAAAARGAUAAUUCUCUGACUUUGUCUGSUGAAGGAUCUUUUGAAGCAUUUGAAAUGGUCCCACAUGGAUCUAAUCUUACAAGCAACCAUGGCUCRGCAUUUGAAGAGAAUCUGAAAAGUCCUGGAACACCUGGUUUUGAGUUCCAUGUCAAGGAUCUACUUAAUGGAGUAAAGAUCAUCAAGGAACACACGGAAUACCUACUGUUGCAAGCCCAGCAAAUGCGCUCUAUUGUACCGACCAUCAGAAACCCACAAGAAAAACUUAAACUUACACAGAAAAUUGCGUCAUUAUGUGAGAAACUUGAGAAACGAGCCCAAGAUGUCAAUACAAGAGAGAAGCURCUGCAAGGACUUGUCAGUCAACAGGAACAACUCAAAGAGAAAGUCCAUCAGAUGGAGAAUGAACAAGUCUCACAAGAGAAGGUGAUGAAUGACUUGAAGCUUGAGCUGGAAGAUUAUACUGAAGAACUACAACAAAUCCAAGAUGAAAUCAAUGUAUUUGGUGAUGCAGAAAUUGUGAAUAARGAAGACAUUUCCCUUCGAAGCAUGUCCUCUCAAUCWACCUCAGUCAGCACUGCCAGCAGCCAUUCAUCGUCACACCCAACCAAGAAGGAAGAUCAAGCAAAAUUGGACUCYGAAGUUACUGUAACCACRCCGUCAUGUGAAAGGUGUUUUGAGCUGAUUAAACAACUGAAUCAGGCUGUAAAACAAAAAAAGGAAGCAGAACGACAGAAAGAAGAGAUUUUGGAUGUCAACCAUGCUUGGGAUACCCAAUACAAGAAACUGAAARCCGAAACAUCCAAGGAAAUCAAAGAACUCAAGCAGCAAGUAGAGUUUUACARAACUUCUGACARUCAAAGAAAAUAUGAAGCCGUUAGAAACUCGUAUAAAAAAGUGAUUGAUGAUGAAAGAACGAUGAAAGAGAAAGCGAUGGAGGACAAGAGGAGAAAUGAUGAGAAAGUGAAAGAACUUGAGGAAGAAAUUAGAAAGCUGUCGUUGCAGAUMAGAGAACAACAAAUUCAGCCAAGAGCUUCAACCAUGUUGUAUGGCCUCCAGAACUCGCCGCUAAGCAGCCUUGCCGCUCAAGCAGGAGAAUCUUCAGACUUAGUUAAAGAGGUCGAGGUCCUCAAACAGCAAUUACGCAUUUAUGCCGAUGACUUCAAGUGUGAACGAGAGGAUCGUGAAAGGAUGCAGGGAGAGAAAGAGAAAUUGGAGACAGAAUUGAAAGAAUCGAAAGAGAGAAUCGUWGUUUUGGAGGAACAGCUUAAUGUGUACAAGGAAGACUUCAGGAAAGAAACUCAAGAGAAAGAUCGACUUCGUCGACAAUUGUUGACAAACAGAGAGGUACCGGAGCCUGAAAAUCGAUACACCGAGAUGACAAGAAAGGUACAAGCAGUUGCAGAGAGGCAAGCAAAGCUGCGCGCUCUCCGCGAUGAGUAUGAUAGAGAAGAGAGACUUCUCUUGCAGGACCAGCAAAACUUACAGCAGCGUCCUCGCAUCAUGGCCAGGCAUCCUGAAUCGCAAAUUGGUUAUUCUCAGCUUUACACUCCAGACAGAUAUCAAAGUCGUCGAUACGAGCCRCCACUGCGACCAAGAGGAGCCCGUCCAUCGGAUGAGAUGUUUUAUGGAGGUGAUGUACAAGCGGACAUGAGGGAGGUUGGGAGAGAAGUCCCUGACAGUAGUACGAACCGACAGGAUGACUUAACGUGUCCGCGUUGCUACCGUUCCUUCCCACUACACGAUGACGACGCCUACACUAAUCACAUUGAUAGAUGYAUWGAGUAGUAAGGGCCCCUCCACACUUUGAUGUGUCUUCAUAGCGUUUAAGAACAGCAGCAGAACGUUAUGGAAGCACAUAAGUGUGGAUGGGGCCUAACAAAAAGCACAGUGCAAAAGAUAAAUGCUUGUUUAAGCAAAGGCAUGAUAWUCACCUUUUGAAAGACUUAACAAUAGUCUAACCAUAAUUUACUAUAGUUAAUGACAUCCCAGAUGGCUUGUUUGAUGGUAUGCCUAAUUGUAAAAAAAUGGCUAUUGAAUUGUGAAAAAAAGGGAAAAACUAUUGAAAGGGAUUUCAGAUAUUUAGUAUAGCUUUAAUCUUUAAACGUGUUUUGACACACUUGGGUAAGUUUGGUUAACUCUGCCAGAUAAUCAUUGGUACGCAGAAUAUGAUUUAAGGCAUUGGAUUACUAUAUUGAUAUAUUCUCAUGCACAUUGAAUAGUUUUUUUUUUCCAUAUUUCUUUAUUUUCAUUCUCUAACACUGCAUGAAUAUGAAGUAUUCGCGUGCUUCUCUGAAGUUGUUUAAACGCCGAUUUAGACGGYACAACUUUUCAUGCAAGCUUGUAAGCUCUGUUUAAUGUUUGUAGAUUUGUGUACUGUCAUUGUUUGGUGACUUUUUGCUGUUUGUGAUAUUAUUACAUAGUGUAUCUGAUAUGCAAUAAAACAAAUCACUUUACAAAAUAA